GGAAGUUCGACAAGUAGUUUCUAGUUUGUUUCAUGUAGCUUACUGGUUGUUUUUUUUAUAUAUAGAAUCUAGAUUUAAUCUAGAUCUAUUCAGAUAUCUAGUCUACAUCUAGAUUUAUAUUCAUAAUUCUAAUAUAGAAUCUAGUCUAUAGAUCUAUAUCUAGAUCUGCAUACUUACAUAGUGAAUAGUCACAUAAUAGAUAAAGUGCAUUUCUCACAUCAGAGAUCAAUAAUUAUAUUAUAAUGCAUUGAAUAUGAUUGAAUUGAAUUUGAAGAGUCAACUCCAAGAAAGCAUGUUAACAAGCCUAGCAUAAUUUGUCGUUGGGUUCUCAUUAGUAUCCACGUUCAAGUAUCUCACCUGGUCUCUACUUUGAAAAUGUCCUACUUGGUGGUGGGUCAAGCUGAAUGGAAUCUCCCAGCCAUCUUGACAUUUCUUGUUUGAGAUCUAAAAUGUUGUGCCUUAAAAUAACUCACCAAAUGACUAGUCUGGCAAAUGUUAGAUCAGGUGUUUUCAUAGAGCUUAUUAAUAGUGAGUUGUUGAUUUACUGCAGACUGCUCAGAAGUGGCACUGUGCUUUUUUAAUUCCUUAUUGAUCGUACUGAGCAAAUGAUCUGAAUUAACACUAUUUUCAAGAACCAGCUUGCUGUACAUUAAAGAUAUCUAUUGAUGUUGGCUAUUUGCUCAGCUUUUUAUAAAACUAGUGAAAUAGAACUCUAAGUGUUCAUGGUUGAAUGCUUGAUGAUCACAAGGCACCUACCUUGAUGGGAUUAAUCAUCUAGUUUAGAAAAGAUAACAGUAUAUAUUUUAUCUUCAAGUAAUUAUCAAAAGAUUGCACAUCAAAUUCCAAUUCUGAACCAGAAAUUGAUUUGGUUUUAAUAUAGCAGCCUGUCCAAUAUGCAAGAGAGAAACGAAGAAAAAACUACUGAAACUGCUGCUCAGGUGGCAAAGCCAGAAGUCGAUGUAACUCCAAACCCUGUUGAAACAUGCAUGAAUGCUAAUUUAAAUUGGAGAAAUUUUAUCAAAAUCAUCAAAUUUGAUGUAAAAAGUAAAAAAAGGAAAUUGCCUAAUGCACUUCAAAAGAAUUUAAAGAAGCAAUCAAUUCAACCCUCAAUCAAAACAGGCGAUUCUAGAAAUUUUUUGUCAAACAUGAGUGAAAACAAUCCAGAUACAACGCAUUCCACAUUGGCAGAGCAAAAGGGAAAUAACUUAAGCACAACUGGUGCAAUCACAUGCCAGUAUUGUAGUACUGCAUUUCCAAACAAAGAAGCUUACCUAAACCAUACAAAGCUAAGCAUGUUAGCUGGUCCAAACUCUGUUCAUUUUCAAUGCCUAGUCUGUUUAAAAAAUUUUGCAUUCAAAGCUCACUUAGAAGCCCAUAUGAUUGUCCAUCACAUUCAACUAAAGGAAGGAUGUAAUCAGAAGUUUGUAUUAUAUAAGUGUAAUUAUUGUGACAAUAAAAUCACAAGCUCCUUUGGACUUAAAAAGCACAUUAUGCGACAUACUAUGGAAUCUGAAUUUAAAUGUUGUGUCUGCGGCAAAGAAUUUCGCCUGUUUAAACAAUUAAAAUUACAUUAUGAUCAUCAUUCAUUGGAGGACAAGGUCAAAUGCAGAUGCUGUAACAAAGUCUUUCCUAACAAAGCAGCAUUGGGCCAGUACUAUUUGACCUCUAACAUGGACAAAAUGAAUGAGAAAGAGAAACCAGACUGUGAUGGUGAGACUACUGGUGGUGUAAUGUGCCCACAUUGUGACAAUAAGUUUCCUGAUAAGCAAGCUUUCUUGAACCAUAGAAAGCUAGUUAGGCUAGAUAAUUCGGAAAUUGAUACAUAUCAGUGCAGUAGCUGUCCUAAAGUAUUCCCUUACAAAGCGCAUUUGAAAGCCCAUAUGAUCUUCCACCAUACUCAAGGAAGGAUAGAGAAAUUUCCACUCCACAAGUGUGAUUCUUGUGACUCUAGAUUCAAAAAGUAUUGUGACUUGAAAAAACACAUUUUGUGUCAUACUGGGGAAUGUGACAUAAAAUGCUGUGUUUGUGGCAAAGAAUUUCGUGGCCUCUCAGGUCUAUAUGCUCACUACAUUGAUCACUCAUCCGGGAGCACAGUUUGUUGUAAGGGCUGCAACCAGUUCUUUCCUAACAAAGCAGAGCUGGUUAAGCACAAGAUUUUAGCUCACUCACCCAAUGAUGUUAAUAUGAACAAACAGAUGAAGAAACCUGGUUCAAUUAUAGAUGCAAGAGGGACAAAUAAUAAAAUCACAUGUCCACACUGUGACACCGUCUUUCCACAUCAGCAAGCAUUUUUAGACCAUAUAAAAUUAAAUAAAUUUUUAAGUCCUGAUUCUGUUACUUUCCAGUGUAUUCAUUGUCCUAAAAUUUUUCCUUUCAAGGCUCAUGUGCAGGCCCAUAUAAUUGUCCAUCACACACAAGAUGAAAAACCUGACUAUAAAUGUAGCUUUUGUGACCAUAUUUGCAAAGAUUAUCAUGACUUGAAAAGACACAUUAUGUGUCAUACAGGGGAAUAUGAUUAUAAAUGCUGCAUCUGUGACAAAAGAUUCCGUGGCGUUUAUGCAUUAAAUGCUCAUUACAUGCAUCACUCAUCUGAGUACAUGGUUCGGUGUCAGCCCUGCGACCAGCUUUUUCCAAACAAAACAGCGUUGCACCAGCAUAAGACAAACUAUCAUCCUUCUAGUCAGGAUGGUAAGAAAAUGCGUACAAGAAUAUCAGAUGGAGAAGUAACUUGCCAAUUUUGUGCCACAGUGUUCCCGCAUAAGAGAGCCUUUUCAGACCAUACAAAAAUAGACAAAUUAUCUGAACCUAAUUCUGUUACUUUCCAGUGCAGUAGCUGUUCAAAAGUUUACCCUUUUAAAGCUCAUUUGCAAGCCCAUAGGAUUGUUCAUCACUCCAUUUCUAAAGAUACUGAGGAUGCAAAUUCUGAUCUAUACAAGUGUGACUCGUGUGACCAUACAUGCAAAGAUUAUAAUGACUUGAAAAGACACAUUAUGUGUCAUACAGAGGAAUUUGACGAAAAAUGUUGCGUCUGUGGCAAACAAUUUCGGAGUAUUUCAGCUCUUCGUGCUCACUAUAUUCAUCACAAGUCUGACAGUAAGCUGACCACUCACUCAUCUGAUAACUAUGAGAAUGGAAUUCGGACAAAGCAAAAAGAUGUUCGCAUUUAUAAGCCACAUAUAUUCAUAGAAGUUACUUGUCCACAUUGCAACACUGUGUUCCCCAAUAAAAAAGCUUUUUCUCUCCAUACCAAAGUGAACAAGUUUGACGAUACCAAUUCUGCUGCUUUUCAGUGCAACCAAUGUCCAAAAGUGUUUCCUUUUGAGGCUCACUUGCAAGCUCAUGUCAUUGUCCAUCACACUCAAGCAGGGGAUGAAAAGCCCGCAGUAUACAAGUGUAAUUCUUGUCAUCAUGAAAGCAAAGAAUUUUAUGACUUGAAAAAACACAUUAUGAGUCAUACUGGAGAAUUCGAUGUUAAAUGUUGUGUCUGUGGCAAAAGAUUUCGUGAUCGUUCAUCUUUAAAUACUCACUACUUUCAUCAUACAAUAGGUGGCAUGAUUCGGUGCACAUGUUGCUGGCAAUUCUUUCCCAGCCGAGCCGCGUUGGGUAAGCACAGGGCAGCCAAGGUAGAAGCCAAAUGUCACCUGUGUGGCCAGGUGUACCCUAACAAAACUAGCAGGAACCAACACUACCGACAGAUGCACCAGCAUGACAUACUUAGGUGUGAUAAGUGUACUUUUCUGUUCUCAUCUCAUGAGGAGCUGGCUGCACACAUGAAAAGACACAAAAUAAAUAAGAAAAAGCCAUGCCCAAUCUGUGGUAAAUUGUUUUCUCGAAUCGAAUUUCAUAUGAUUGUACAUAGGUCAGAGCCAGGAGUCAAGCUUCAGCAUCUUAUGUGUGAUAAAUGCCCCUACAUGUCAUACAAUAGAGCAUCAUUUCAGCGUCAUUUAGCAAAUCACAGUUCAGACAAGCCUUACAGGUGUCCCAACUGUUCCAAAACAUUCAAUCAUUCUACAUCUUUGAGGAGACACCUUAAAUCACAUUCCUCUUCCAUGCCGUAUGAGUGUGGUGUAUGUGGGAAAAGAUGUAAAGAAGUAGGAAAUCUCAGAGUCCAUCAGCGUAUUCAUUCAGCAAUCAAACAUUACUCAUGUCUCUGUUGCUCUAAAAUGUUCAACCACAAAAACUCUCUAGAUUUACACAUGAAAAACAAGCAUGCUGUUAUUAAAUGCCACCCUGACCCUGUAUCGGGUACAAGACUUUUGUCUCUGCCUCCAGAUAUUUCUAAAAAUUCUCAUACUCAAGUUUUCACAUCGCAGCAAACGCUGAAUGUUGCUGCUACUCAUGAUGGUCUUAUAAUUCCUAAUAAACAGCAGGCUGAGAGCAUGGCCACUGAUUUGAUACAAGAUGUCAAAUGUGUUUUUGUGGAAGCUGAGACAUUGUCAACUGUUUGUGAAAUCAAGAAGGAAAACUUUGAUCUUGUGUCAGUAGAGGAGGCAAACCAAGUUGAAGAUGAUGUUAGUGGUAUUGAUGUUAAGCCUUUGCUAAACUCUUGUGUGUUACCAUCAUCCUACUUUCAAUAUUUUGCAAAGAAAAAUCAUUUGCAUUGGCCUAAUGCAAUGGAUGCAUUUCAAGAGGAUAAAUGCGUGUAUAAAGUUGAUGGCAGGGGUGGUUUUAUUACACUGACCAUUGAUGGAGGUUCUCCAAUAUACAUCUUUUUUGAACAUAGUGUGAAGGUUCAGGUCAAGUUGAAUCCAAUGAAGUCAACUCAACUCAGCAGUGUUGCCAGAGAUGGUGAUGUUGAUGAAGUAGCAAACCCAAAUAUCCCUUUACUGCAUGAGCCAACCCCAGUUCUUACAGCAUCAAACACAUUACCAGCAGAAAGUAUGCUAGAUCAAGCUUUGGCCUUGCAGGACAUUGACAAAUUGGUCAAAGGCAAUAUGGCAAAAGAGCAAAAACUAGAAAAGACCAUUAAUAAAGUUAACAUCCCAGCCAUAAGAACAAGUCUUAGAAGGCAGGCGAAAGCAGCCCAGUCAGCAGCUGAUGUCAUUCUGACUAUUAAAGUUGGAGAGAAAGUUGUCCAAGACAGCCCAGCAGCAGCAGAAGAUCAGGCAAUUAUCAAAUCUGAGUCAGAGAGUGAUGCCUCAGAGGAGGAUCAAACUGAACCAGAUCAAACUGAAGUCACUGAUUGUCAGUACUGUUUCCAAAGCUUUAACAAUCGGUUAGAGUUUUUCAACCACAGGAAACCAAAGCCUGAAUCUCACAGAUGUGAAACCUGCAGAAAGAUGUUCCCAUAUCGUGCAUACUUACUAGCACACGUGAAAAAGCAUCACCCUGCUGGUGGACAACUACUGAUUCCACUGGAGGUGUGCGAUGUUUGUGGAUUAAAACUAAAGAAUUUCCUUAGGCUGAAGAAACACAUGCUGUUGCACACUGGAGAGUAUCCGUACAAGUGUUGUAUCUGUUCAAAGAAUAUUGCUGGCUUUGGUGCACUCAACACACACAUGGCCAGUCACAAAAAUGCUGGGAUGGUCAAAUGUACUUGCUGCAAUCAGAUCUUCAGCUCCAGGUCAGAUCUAUCCAAACAUCAGCUCAACCUGCUGCAGAUUAAAUGUAGCUUGUGCGGAGAAGUUCUGCCAAACAGGACAAGCCGCACAGCUCACUACCAGCUGGCUCACCCUGACAGCAUACUGACAUGUCACAUCUGUUCUCGCUUGUUCUCUUCUGAAGAAGAGCUCUCAAGCCACAUUGCCUACCACAGCAGGUACAAAAAGAAGCAGUGCACAGUGUGCGGAAAGUUUGUUUCACGGCUGGAGCGGCACAUUCUGAGCCACAAGGCCAUGAAAGAUGUAGAUGAGAGUGACCUUUACAUUUGUGACAAGUGCCCCAUGAGGUUCAAGAUCAAGGCCUCCCUUCAGCGGCAUCAGAGGUGUCACAGCCAAGAGAGACCCUUUCGUUGUUCCUUAUGCCCUAAAGCCUUUGCUCAUCAGGGUGUAUUGCUUAAACACAUUAAGACACAUUCCUCCAUUGCACCAUACGAGUGUGAAGUCUGUGGCAAACGCUGCAAGGAAAAAAGUAACCUGACUGUUCACAUGAGGACACACUCGGGUAAUAAAGCUUAUUCAUGCCACAUAUGUUCUCAGGGCUUCAGCUGUAAGAGUUCACUUGAAGGACACAUAAAGACAAAACAUGAGCAAUUAAGUCCUAAUGUAUCAGUGGAAAUUAUACAGGAACAGCCAGAAAUUCAUGAUGGAAUUCACUUUACUAUACCUCUGAUAAGCACAGAAGAAUUCCUUCUUAAAGAAGAUAAAGAUUUAGAUUUUUAACCUAUAGUUAUUUCU